AUGUCCCAGCCAGCAACCAGCCUCUCCCCGGAGGACCGCCUCAAGGCCCGCAAGCCCGUGCCCAAGCCCGUCCCAGCCUACCUCCCCACCGCCGGCUCCCCCCUGAGCGUCGACAAGGACCUGUACGAAACCAUCCAAAAGGCCCCUCGCGUUCUCGUCGAAGAGUUUACCCUGCCCAUUCGCUCUGGAAGGGCGUGGGAAGCUCCGGCUGGCUCAAUCAUCCACAUUAGCACCCCCGAGGGGCCUCAAGUCGGCGACCUCAACAUCUGGAACCGCCACAACCCCCGCGAACGCUUCUGGGCCAGCCGCACCCGCCAGCUGCACUCCACCCACGUCUCGACCCACGACCGCCUCUGGUCCAACCUGCCCUACAUGCGGCCCCUCGUCACCAUCCUCGCCGACAGCCUCGCCUGGUACGGCCACGACGACAACGGCGGCCGCGUCCACGACCUGCUGGGCACCCGCUGCGACCCGUACAUCAACACCGUGCUGUCCGGCGGGCAGUACGACUUCCACUGCCACUCGAACCUCAGCCGCGCCGUGGCCCGGUGGGGGCUGAGGGAGGACGACGUACAUGAUGUGCUCAACUUGUUCCAGGUCACGGGGCUGGACGACAAGGGGAGGUAUUUCAUGAGUCCGUGUCCGGCGGACAAGGGCGAUUAUAUCGAGUUUCUUGCCGAGCAGGAUGUUCUCAUGGCCUUGAGUACCUGUCCCGGCGGCGAUCUCUCCCUCUGGGGCUUCGGCAGCGACAGCGAAAAGGAAAUGAUCAAGGUAUGCCGCCCCUUGCACGUCAAGGUCUACCAGCUCGAGGACAAGGAGCUCCUCCAGAAGAGCGGCUGGAAGCCCGCAGAGACGUCCGGGUACAAGGGCAUGCAUGGCGUCUUUUCGCCAGAAGGGGAGCCAAGUCAGCGAAAGUAA